GACGUGCGUUCGGCGGGAUUCACGUUCAAUCACGAGCUCAUUUCAUUUGUACACUUACACAUUUUAUUUCAAACUCAUAAAUUAAAUUUAAAAUUUAAUUUCACGUAUUAUCGAGUAAUCGAAUCAACAUUAAGUUAAAUAAUUUAAAUAUAAAAAAAGUAUAAGUAAAUUUAACUUGUGAACGUAAAGGUGAAAUUUUUUACGGAGACAAUAGGGUAACGAAGCCACGACCUGAUGCCAGGUAAAAAGAGUCCACAGGGUUGCCAGGUCUUAUGUUUGACUGUAUUCCAGGUGAACGUGUGUUUAAAGCCCAGUGCAGUAUUUUAUUAUAAAAUUAAUCAGUGAGUGUUUAAAUAAUUGUAAUUUAAAUUCAAAUUUGAAUUAUUGAUUGCGAUCAGUAUUUGAAAAUUUAUAUAAAAAGUGAAAGUUUAUUUGUUUAUAAAAAAGUAAUAUCGCGUUGAGUAAUUUAAUGAUUUUAAAAACUGAUUGUCAAUAUGGCAAAUGAUGAUAAUGACAUACUGAUUACUAUUUAAUUACAUUACGGUAAUAAUAGAUAAUGUAAUAAAAAUAUUUAUUUGUGUCAUGAACGUCAAUUUGAUAUUUCCCGGAUGGAGAGCGAGGAAGAAAUGCUAUUAUUUUAUUUAAAAAUAACAAUUAAUUAUUUAAAUAAUUAACAAGUUAAAUUCAAAAAAUGAAGACGCGUAAGUUAAUGAGAGACAGGUGAUUAUAAUUAUUAUUAUUAUUUUUUAUUUACCUUGGAAACUAUUUCCUCGGCGACGAUUUCUAGUGCAUUGUUUAUCUAAUGAUUUAGUUUUAUUUACGUCACAAGAGACUUUAAAUAUUUAUUAUGUAUUAUUAUUAUUAUCAUUGUUUUAAUGUUGGUAUAUAAAAAAAUCUAAGACUUCUUUAUAUAAUUCCUGGUUAGAUUGUUGGGAUUGUGUUUAUUGUGAUAAGUUGCAAAAGGAAGUAGAGAUUGUGGACAAUGAAGAGAACUCGGUGGAACCGUUUCAACGUGUGAAAGUUCGGGAGUUCGUUUAUUGUUUAUCUGUAAAACAAACACUAAUUAUUUAUGAAUUAUUGGUAUUAUUUAAUAGUGUUAGGAUCAUUUAUAUGACUGGAUUUAUUUGUUUAUUACAAAGGAAGUGGAUUUUUUAAAGAUGACUGGGAGGUCGUCUGGAGGACGAGUACGGAGACUCGUUAUUCUUUUUACGAUUUAUAUUCUUCUCAAUACUGAUAAUGCAUCCGGUGCUGCUGAAUCCUUACAAGAGCCAAGAUUUACCACACAACCAUCUGGUAUAAGCAACAUAUUGAUAGAAAAUAGAACAAAAAUACUUCAAUGUCAAGCACGAGGAUAUCCUCCACCAAAAUACAGGUGGUUCAAAGACGGUGUCGCGCUGAGCAAUGAAUUUACAUCAGAGUCAUUUUGGCGGAUCCAGAACGCAAAUAAAAAAGAUGCUGGAGUUUAUUACUGCGUUGCUAGCAAUGAAGUCGGUUCAAUUUUCAGUGAACGUGUUACUUUCUCAGUUGCAUAUAUGGGAGUAUUUAAAGACCAGACAGAAAAGGUAAUAAGUGUAGGGUACGGCGAAGCAGCUAUUUUAGAGUUACCACCUAUCGAGAGUCAUCCAACACCCGACGUCACCUGGUCAACGCCAGACGGACCAGUACCUUAUGGUAUUAAUUAUGCAACGAGUCAGCGUAGGCUUCUCAUCUUGAAUGCCGGCGACAAUGACGAAGACUUGUAUAGAGCUCGGGCUAUGAACACACAAAUAGGCAAAGAGGAGUACAGUCCAUACUUUAAGCUUGAAGUAAUUGGCGAUCCAAAUGUUGAAGUUGCGCCUUCCAUUAUUAUCGCUCCAAAUGACACACAAAUUGCUAAAGACCAACCAGUAACUUAUCUUGACUGUAUUGCAAAUGCACGUUCAUUACACGAGUUAAGAGUUCUCUGGACAAAAGACGGCGUACCAAUUGAAAACGCCCAUAUCUCAUACAGCUUCAAUGACUUGUGGAACCGGACACUGGAACUUAUCUCUGCUAAUUUAACAUACACUGGAGUCUACACAUGUCAUGUUACACUUCGCAGCGGCGGAUAUCCGAUGAUAAAUGCCAGUGCUCGGGUUGAUGUUUUUGAGAAGCCCACGUUUGUUAAUGAAUUAAAACGCGAGACUCACGGUGAUUAUGGAUCAACUGUUUUGAUUCCCUGUGAAGUUGUUGGUGUCCCUAUGCCUAAAAUAAGUUGGUACCAUAAUGCGGAACCAGUUGAUUCUUUUCUUGGGACCAAGUUUGAUAUUAAAGAAGAUGGUACGUUGGUUAUCAAGAGACUGACGAUGAGUUACGCGGGAAUGUUUCAGUGUUUAGCUUCGAAUGAUGCGGGUGAAUCUUCUAGUUACACGUGGCUUAAAGUCAAGACAGGCAAAAGAUCCGGCAUGAACUUGUUGAAGAGAGUGGCCCGAUGGGCUGCAGGCUAUCGAGUAGUCAGGGUACGACAAUCCGACCGGCGCUUUGAAUUCAGUCAGUAUCCAGAGACUUCAAUCCCGAUUAUGGAGACCAGCCCGCGAAAUUUGACGGUUUUGGAUGGAAAAGACGCGACGAUAGUUUGCCGAGCUGUUGGAGCACCGAUUCCUAAUACGACGUGGAUUUUUAAUGAUACGAUACCAGUGGAGAUAGCCGGCCGUGUUCAACUGCUUGACACUGGGGACCUUUCAAUCGCGGCCGUGAAUUUAAACGACGCAGGAAAAUAUACUUGUAUUCGUUCGAAUGAUGCGGGCUCCGUCAACGGAUCAGGUUAUCUGUCAGUGCACGUCCGGACUCAAAUAAUCCGUCCCCCAAGUGACACAUCAGUGCUUCUGGGACAUACAGCAAAGCUUGAAUGCAAAGUAUCCAACGACCCAAGUGUCCCUUAUGACAUCGACUGGUUUUACAAUGCGCAGUUGAUAAAUCGAGCGAGUUCUCGGGUAAAAAUGCGUCAUGACGGUACUCUGGAGAUCGGCGCAGUCCGCGCAUCUGAUGUGGGCGAGUACACAUGUACUGUUAUCUCUCCAGGUGGUAAUGAGACCCGCAGUGCACGUCUCAGUGUAAUUGAAUUACCAUUCGCUCCAAUAAAUGUAGUCGCUGAACGUGUCGAAAGUAUUUCCCCGCGAUCUGUCAAUAUCAGCUGGGUGCCGGGUUUCGACGGCAACAGCGAGAUAAAAAAGUUCGUCGUCGAACGUCGUGUGGUACCAGAAACUGGACCCAUAGCUGAUUCACUGUCCAACUGGGUCGUGGAAAAUGACAACGUGUCUUCCCAAGUACGCUGGUGUCUUCUCGAAGAUUUAAAAGCCGCAGCUGCUUAUCAAUUCCGCGUGACUGCUGUCAAUCUAGUAGGCGAAGGACCUCCUUCUGAGCCGAGCAACGUCGUCAUACUUCCGCAAGAGCCACCAUCAGGACCACCCGUUGGAUUCGUCGGCUCAGCAAGAUCUGAUUCUGAAAUCAUCACUCAGUGGCAGCCGCCUUUGGACGAGCACUGCAAUGGGCACAUUCUGGGUUACAUUUUAAGAUACCGUCUCCAUGGUUACUACAACCAAAGCCCGUGGAUUAUACAGAACAUUACUAAUGAAGCACAAAAAAAUUAUUUGCUAUCAGACUUGAUAACUUGGAAAGAUUAUCUGGUACAAGUUGCCGCGUAUAAUGACAAAGGUGUCGGUGUAUUUACUGAUGGACUGAUUAUCAAGACGAGAGAAGGAGUUCCUGAAGCACCACCAACUAAUGUGCGAGUGAAAGCCAUCAACUCAACGGCGGUCCAGGUCUGGUGGAAGCCACCAAACCCACAGAAAAUAAACGGAAUCAAUCAGGGAUACAAAAUCCAAGCAUGGACUCGCGGAAAUUUAACUGAAGACAAUGAAUACAAGUCUAUCAAAGUACCGCCGAGUUUAUUUGACCCGCUCGCUGAACAGUCAGCUAUCAUAAGUGGGUUAAAAAAAUACACAAAAUAUAAUAUUACGGUUCUUUGUUUCACUGAUCCAGGUGAUGGGCAAAGGAGUAACCCCAUUGAAGUACGAACUAGUGAAGAUGUACCAGACGAAGUUGAAAAUUUACAAUUUGAUGACAUAAGCGAUCGUGCGCUGACAGUUAAGUGGAGUCCGCCGAGCGAAAUAAACGGCGUACUGACGAAUUACCAGCUAAAGUACAUGAUCAAAGAUUUGUCAGAGUCAUUGCGUGUUUUAAAUUUUUCCGCGGAUACGUUGUCUAGUAAAGUCGAACAGCUUCAACCAACAACGCAUUAUAAAUUCGAAGUAAUCGCCUGGACGUCAAAAGGCCCUGGAAAAUCACGAGUUGCUACUAUUCAGUCGGGCGUUGAACCAGUUCUUCCAGAACCACCUUCAAAAUUAGCUCUAUCUAAUAUAGAUGCAUUUUCAGUUGUUCUCCAGUUCACACCGGGUUUCGACGGCAACUCCUCGAUAAUCAAGUGGACCGUUCAAGCGCAAACAAAACGCAAUACCACAUGGUACAACAUUUAUGAAGUUUCAGAUCCGGAUGCCAGCACAAUUACUGUCAGUGGAUUGACUCCAUUCAUGCAAUACAAACUGCGUUUGAUUGCUAAUAAUGUCGUCGGUGCUUCUAAACCUUCUGAACCAACAAAAGAAUUCCAAACUAUUCAAGCUCCACCUUCGCAUCCACCAAUGAAUGUCACAGUCCGCGCGAUGAGUGCUACUGAACUCCGUGUACGCUGGAUUCCUCUUCAGCAGCUUGAAUGGUACGGCAACCCACGAGGUUACAAUGUGACGUACACCGAAGUGAGGACUAACAAGUCUCAAAGUAUCACCAUUGAAGACCACACUGCCAAUUCCUACGUCUUGGAAAACAUGGAAGAGUUCGCGCUCUACGAAAUUGUAAUGCAGGCAUACAAUGACGUUGGCUUUUCUUCGCCAAGUCCGAAAGCUAUUGAGAGAACUCGUGAGUCUGUGCCGUCAGUAGGGCCGUCGAAUGUUGAAGCCAAUGCUACGUCGUCGACAACAAUUCUAGUUAAAUGGGGCGAAGUUCCGGUAGAACAUCAGAAUGGGCAAAUAGAAGGCUACAAAGUUUACUACAGCGCAAAUGGUCGCUCCUCAUUCCAGUAUAGAAACAUUCCGAAGAAUACUACAUUCACUACGACCCUUACAGAGCUGAAGAAGUUUGUUCAGUACCAUAUCCACGUGCUAGCUUACACGAGACUCGGCGACGGAGCGCUAAGUACUCCGCCAGUUCGUGUCCAGACAUUUGAAGACGUACCGGGACCUCCAUCAAAUGUCUCGCUUCCUGAUGUGAGUUUUUCUAGCGCCCGUAUUAUUUGGGACACGCCUGAGGAUCCGAAUGGAGAGAUUCUGGGCUACAAAGUCAUGUAUUAUUUGAACAACAGCCAGGAGAGACAGUUCUCGAAAGAGGUUGAAGCAGAAGCGCGUACAUUUACUGCUACUGGUUUGGAAUCUGAGAAGCAUUACAUGUUCCUAGUAACUGCGCAAACGAGAUUGGGCUGGGGAAAAACGGCUUUUGCGUUGGUGCUAACGACAAAUAAUCGCGAAAGACCGCAACCUCCAUCCACACCUCAAAUUAGCAGGUCCCAGGUCCAGAGCAGACAGAUAACGUUCUCUUGGACACCGGGAACUGAUGGAUCGGCGCCUCUGCGCUAUUACACAGUACAAAAAUCAGAGAAUGCUGGAGCUUUUCAAGUUAUUCCUGAGCGCGUGGAUCCAUCUCUCACGUCUUACACAGCAAAUAAUUUGAAACCAUUUACAUUUUACCAGUUUCGUAUACAAGCGACCAAUGACAUUGGCCCGUCAGACUGGAGCGACGAGUCUGCGCAAGUACAAACACUUCCUGCAGCUCCGUCGCGUGGUGUUACGGGUCUCAAAGUCGUCCCCAUCACUACGACAAGUAUCGAAGUUCACUGGGAUAUGAUUGAAGAAAUUCACUGGAGUGGAGAUCACACUACUGGAGGCUACCGAGUCGUUUAUCAACCGGUUUCUGAUUUUCCUACGGCACUUGAAGCGACGCCAAAGCAGGAAAUAAUCGGUAUCAAUCAGACUAAAAUGAUUCUGAGUGAUUUAAUGGAGGACAGAAAUUAUGAAAUUGUCGUACUGCCAUUUAAUUCCGAAGGAGACGGACCUCCAAGUCCACCAGUUACCGUUUACGUCGGCGAAGCCGUACCGACUGGUGAACCUCAAGGUCUUAAAGCAGAGCCUAUUUCCUCGACAGAAGUAUUUUUAAAAUGGAAACCGCCUCAAGCGCACAUGCAAAACGGCGACUUACUUGGCUACAAAAUAUUUUACCUGGUCACUGACUCACCUCAAGUACUAGACAAAAAACAAGAAGAAGAAAUCGAAGUUGUACCCGCGACCUCUCUGCAACACAGCCUAGUUUUUCUGGACAAAUACACUGAGUACAAAGUCCAAGUAUUGGCAUUCAAUCCCGCUGGUGAUGGCCCACGUUCGCCUUCGAUUACUGUUCGUACGAAGCAAGACCUGCCCGGACCACCUAGCAAUCUCCAGUUCACUGAAAUCACCAUGACGAGUAUGCGCGUAACUUGGGAUCCGCCUAAGCUACGCAAUGGAGAAAUCGUCGGCUAUGUCGUUACUUAUGAAACCGCUGAACAAAAUGACAAAUUUAGCAAACAAGUCAAGCAAAAAGUAACGGAAACAAGUCUUCUGAUUCAGCCUCUAGAAGAGGAAGUCACGUAUACUUUUACAGUACGGGCUCUGACAAUAGAUUUUGGUCCUCCAGUAUCAGGGAAUGUUACAACCGGUCCUCAAGAAGGCUCUCCAAUGAUUCCAACAAAUCUCUCCGUCACCAAAACUGUCUCCUAUGUCCAUUUAAAAUGGAAGAAUGGCGCGUCUGGCAAAGGACCUAUUCUUGGUUACUACAUUGAAACUCGCAGAAAAGAUGACUCCCGGUGGCAGACGAUUGCGAAGAGCGACAACGGGCCGCUUGAUGAAUUUACGAUAUCUUAUCAAAAUCUUUUGCCAUCGACUGCGUACCUCUUCCGUGUAAUUUCUUACAACCGUUACGGUAUCAGCUACCCCGCUUAUUCAACGGAAACAAUUUUAACCCCGUCGAAAUUAUACUUGGAGUACGCGUACCUUCAGCACCGUCCAUUUUACCGGCAGACCUGGUUCAUGGUGACACUUGCCGCGACGUCAAUAGUAAUUAUCAUCAUGGUCGUUGCUAUUUUGUGCGUGAAAAGCAAGAGCUAUAAAUACAAACAGGAAGCACAGAAGACUCUAGAAGAAUCCAUGGCAAUGGACAUUGACGACCGUCAGGAAUCUGAUCUGUCACUUUACCGCACGCGGCCUUCUGGUGGUACUCUGAGUAUUGGAAACGGAUGUGGGACUUUGGGUAAACGGGGCACUAUUGCCAGAAAAUCAAUGCAUCCCCCACCGCCGCCAUUGCACGGGAAAUCUCCACCAAGACCUUCGCCAGCCUCCGUUGCUUAUCAUAGCGACGAGGAAAGUCUCAAAGGAUAUGAUGAAAAUCCAGAUGACAGCAGUGUCACGGAAAAACCAUCAGAAAUAAGUUCGACAGACUCUCAGGGUUCGGAGAGCGAAAAUGAAAGUGUUCAAUCAGAUCCGCAUUCAUUUGUAAAUCAUUAUGCAAACGUUAAUGAUUCAUUACGACAAUCGUGGAAGAGACAAAAACCAGUACGAAAUUAUUCGUCAUACACAGACUCGGAACCAGAAGGAAGUGCCGUUGUAAGUUUAAACGGCGGACAAAUAAUAAUGAAUAACAUGGCUAGAUCACGAGCUCCACUUCCUGGUUUCUCGUCAUUCGUUUAAUUAAAUAUCGGCUUUAAAUAAUUUAAUUAAAUGGAGAAAUAAAUAAAAUACUAAUUUUAAUUGCCGAUCGUUUUAUAUCGGCACUAUUGUGAUAUAUACCUUAUUAGAUUAUUAAAAUUUUUUAAUGAUAUUUAUACCUGCGAUUGUUAAACCGAUCUCGAUAACGAGGAUUCAGCAUUCAAUUGCUUUAGAUAGAAUUUUUUUUUUUUUUUACUAAUAACGAUUUUUAAAAAAUAUUAAUGAUAAUAUUUUUCAUUUAUUUAAUUAAAUAAUAAAGCUUUAUUGUAUGUAUGUAAACAUAAACAUUGGCAUAAAUAUAUGUCACCUUCAUAUCAGUUUAGAAUAAUUAGAUCACCGAUCUCUAAUCAUGAAACACAUACUCGUGCCACUUAAUCUAUCGUGAUUAUCAAAUAAUUAUUAGAGUAAUUAAAAGAAAAAAAUAUAAUAAUUAAAAAUGAAUUUUAAUUAACAUAAAAAUGUACUUUAUAAACAUAUAGUAAUUUGUAAAUGAGUGCUUUCUUUUUAUACUAAUGUACUUUUUAUAAUGUCGUCAUAUCAUUUUUAAAAAUGAAGUUAAUUAUAAUAAUUAGGGUAGUAAUUUAAGAAAAAUAAUAGAACUGAUUGAAAGAAUAGAUGCGAUUAAAUGUGUGCUUGGUCACGAGUUAAUUAAUUAUAAAAUUUAACUAUUUCUUUUAAUACAAAAAUGUAAAUAUGCAAUAUUUAUCGACUGAAUUUAAUACUUCUUUCUAUUUUUUGUUUUGUAUUACGAGUUUGAAAAAAAUUUGUUCCAAAAACUUUCGUGGCGGGAGCUGCCAAAAUUGAAAAAAUUCUGAACUUUAAAGUGAACAUUUUUGUAAGUUUGAAAAAUUUGGAAAUUGAAAAAUUUUUAACUGGUGGAGGUUUUUCCAGUGGGUUAUUUUUUGAGCGAAAUUAAUCUAAUUUGAUAAUUUUUUGGGUUUGAAAAAAAUUAAAAACAAAGGAUUAUAAAGAUUUUCGAUUUUUACCAAUGAUACUAAAGUUAGCCGACGUAAAAUAAUUUUAGGAUUUUUUU